GCAAAUCGUUCACUUUCUACGCAGAGUUGAUAGCUAGAAGGGCAGCUCGGAUGAUUUUACUUUUUAUUAUUCUGUUUAUUGUUAGAAGGCACCUUGCAGUAUGUAGUACAAGAUACAGCACAGCUGCACAGAUUACAGUUCAGAGGGCGAUUGUGUGUGUAAACACAGAUAAGAGACAGAUACAUUGCUUGGUGAAGGUCACUGGUGCCAUUACAUCACUAAUGUUUAAAGCUCCUGAAAUUUAUCAAAACCUGUCAGUUAAACUGUCAGACGUACUUGAUGAGAUUGGGGUGAAUGAGACAAUGGUGAUGAAUAGAAGAAGAACAUUCCUACUGAGAGAGACUAUGGAUACAGUUAAACGGAGAGUUUUCGGUAAUCCAUUCAUUAUUUACUAUCUAGGAAGUCAGUCAGAGGGAACGACUACAUUGGGUCUACAGUCAGACUGGGAUAUUCUGGCGCCUGAUGGAACUGGGAGGAUUUUACAGGACUGGUCUGAAUGGAGUCAUAGAAGUUGCAAUCUGCUGAUGAUAAAAGAUGAGAAAACGCCGCCAGGAUAUUGUUUACUACAACAGCUUCGAUCUGAUGUACCGGUUCCUGAUACUGCUGACGGAUAUGAUAACAAAUACUGGGUAACAGAUACACACGGAAGGUUACUUUUGAAAAACACCAUUCUUCAUAACAUUUUUCAUGGCAUCUCUGAAAAAGAUGAAGAGAAUCUAGGACCAGCUAGAUCAAUACAAGGUCGACCAGGCAUAUAUGAACAAGACAUUGUUUAUUCGAUUCAAUUUAAAUCAUGGCCAAAAGAAGCUAGAACUUUUUUAAGCCGCCAAGGAGGGGAAACAUGGCCAACAGAAGAUAUGAUUAGAUAUAUCGAGGGAAGCAAAUGUUUUGUUGUAGGUACUGACAGCAAAGUCAGUGAAAAUGCAGGGUUUGAAUGGAGAAUAUCAACCUCUCUAGCUGAAAGAUGUCUUAUGUUCAGUUUAAAUAUAACACAAGUAAAAUGCUAUGUCUUGUUGAAAAUGAUUUUGAAAAACUAUAUAAAUCCUCAGUUCGAAGGAGUGAUUUCAAGUUUCAUUUGCAAAACCGUUUUGUUGCAUUGUAUAAGGAGCAAACAUCCAAGUAUAUGGAAGGAGGAUAACCUUUUGAAUGUUUUGUCAUAUUGCUUGUUAACAUUGCACUUCUGCAUUUUAAAUGCAAAUUGCCCGCACUUCUUUAUCAAAGGGAACAAUCUGAUGGCUGGCAAAUUUUCAUAUCAGAAGAAGCAUGAAUUAAUUGAACUGACCUUAAAUCUGGUACAAAAUAUUAGUAUUUUGCUUUAUGGGAUUCAGACUGAUGACCUAGGUCUACGUUUACAGAAUAAACUGAACACGAUACCUCAAUAUGAUUUAUUGUCCGGAGCUUUAAUUAAUGCGAUGAUAAGUGGUACAUUAAUCUUCCAAACGGCACAAAAUGAAAGUGACCAGCAUAAACUUAUUUUAUUACGUAUAACACAUGAAAGCUUAGAAGCUAAUAUACAGUUUCUGCGUAAACUGGUGUCGGAUUUUAUUGUGUACCAACGUGAAGGUAACGACUUGGAAAAGAGAGCCUACCGGCUUUUGACACCUCUGUUCUGCACUUCGCUAGGCUCUAUGAUAGCAGCGUACAACAUUCAGCAUGGCAAUGCCAUUUCUCCUCUGGCAUAUGCCUGGUUUUCAGCAGGACUCAACUCAGAUCUUGCUUCUAACAGACUCAAACUAGCGUCUGUAUUGUAUCGUGUAAGGGAUCUAGAACAGACAUUAUGUCUACUUACACAUAUAAGAGACAAAUAUGAAAUUGAUGUCGUUGUACCGACUUGCACCUGUUGUGAUUAUACUAGAAUUUCGAAGGAAAGAUUUUUAACAGUUUUAGGACGUCACAGUGAGGAAGCUAAAAGGCGUGUUGUGGCAUUUUGUGUAAGAUUUUUACCAUCUGAAAUUAAUUGUGUACCUAAAGAACUUCAGUAUGAAAUGUUCAGGUCUACAGAGGAGGAUCGGGUUCAAAGGCUUGAGAAAGAUGGUUGGAUGGAUUGGGCUGAAAUCGAUUCUCUCCCUUACCUAUAUUUUCUGCAAUACAAAACUUUUGGUCAGCUACAUAGAUAUGAGGAGCAGCAACACGCACUGAAUAGCCUUGUGUGGGUGACUGAAAAUGACAGGAACCUUUGCCAUAGAGAAACGGCAUUGAAUCUUUUAGGGCAAUGUAUGGAACAAGAGAACCUAACUGUCGAUGCGCUACGUUUCUACAGGAAAUCUCUGAGUAUAAGACAAAGAAAUAAUGCUGCAAGCAUACUUAUCUGUGUCUUAUUGUCGAAGCUUAUUAAUAACAAUUAAUCUGUUGCGUUGCUACAGAUGCAUUAGAAUCAACCGAAAACACAAUAGAUAUGUUGCACUGCUACAAAUGCAUAAUAAAAACAUGAGUUGCAAUUACUCUGUUGUGCCAGAGAUGCAUGAAAUCAACAGCAAUCACAAUCAGUUAAUUUGCUGCGCUGCUAAAGAUGCAUGAGAAUCAAAAGCGAUCAAAGUUUAUCUGUAGCGUUGCUUCAAAUGCAUGAAAAUCAAGAGUGAUAAUAACUAACCUGUUGCGCUGCUGCAGAUGCAUGUAAAUGAACAGAAAUCACUAAGGCAUCUGUUGCGCUGCUACAAGUGCAUGAGAAUCAACAUCAGUCGCAAAUAGAAGAUGCUUUUGUAGAAAAGCGCAUGUCUCUCCCCAAUGCAUAGUAGUAACAGGCAAGAAGGCAAUAGGGGACAGGAGCAGAAGUCCAAGAGACACGACGCUUGGCUGCAAUUGGGAUAAUCUACUCGGCAUGUCCAAGCAUCCCAAAGAGUUUCAACAUUCUGGGCCUAGUGGUUCUCAAGAUAUGGAUUGGAAAAGGUUUGGUUUUCCAUGUUCUGACCCCUGUAACCUUGACCUUCGAUCGAGUGACCUAAAAAUCAAUAGGGUCAUCUACUCUGCAUGUCCAAUUAUCCUAUGAAGUUUCAACAUUCUGGGUCAAGUGGUACUCAAGUUAUUGAUUGGAAAGUGUUUUCCAUGUUCAGGCCCCUGUGACCUUUAGCUCAAGUUAUUGAUCGGAAAGUGUUUUCCAUGUUCAGGCCCCUGUGGCCUUGAGCUUUGCUAUUACCCUAUGAAGUUUGAAGGUUCUGGGUCAAAUGGUUCUCAAGUUAUUGAUCAGAAACGGUUUUCCAAUUUCUGGCCCCUGUGACCUUGAGCUUUGAUCAAGUUACCCAAAAAUCAAAAAAGGUAAUCUACUCUACAUUUCCAAUCAUUCUAUGAAGUUUCAACAUUCUCGGUAAGUUUAUCUCAAGUUAUUGAUCAGAAAAGGUUUUCAGUGUUCAGGCCCGUUACCUUGACCUUUCAUCGAGUAACCCCAAAAUAUAAGGGGUCAUUUACCUUGUAAGCCGUAUCACCCAAUGAACUUUGAAGGUUCUAGGUCAAAUGGUUCUCCCAUUAUUGCUCGAAAAUGAAGUGUGACAGGCAGAUCGCCCCUGCAUCCUAGACCGUUGAUGGAGUGAAACCAAAAACAAUAGGGAUCAUCUACUCUGUAAGUCAUAUUACCCUUCUAAGUUCGAAGGUUCUGGAUCAAAUGGUUUUCAAGUUAUUGAUCGGAAAUAGAUUUCUAUGUUCAAGCCCCUGUGACCUUGACGUAUAACAGAGUGAUCCAAAAAUCAAUAGGGGUCAUUUUCACUGCAUGUCUAAUCAUCCUAUGAGGUUUCAUUAUACUGGGUCAAGUGGUUCUCAAGUUAUAGAUCGGAAAUGUUUUCCAUGUUCAGGCCCCUGUGACCUUGACCUUUCAUGAAGUAACCCCAAAAACAAAAGGUGUCGUCUACUUCAUACGCCCUACUACCUUAUGAAGUUUGAAGGUUCUAUGUCAAAUGGUUCUAUAGUUAUUGAUUGGAAAUGAAGUGUGACGGACACACGAACGGACAGGGCAAAAGCAAUGUGACUCCCCAAGUGGGCGUGGGGCAGAUAUAAUUACUCUCUGUUGCGCAGCUAAAAUGCAUGAGAACCAACCGCACACAGUUAAUCUGUUGCACAAACAGAUGCAUGAAAAUCAACAUCAGUCACAGUCAGCCUUUUGCAGAUGCACGAGAACCAACCGCAGUCACAGUUAACCUGUUGCACUGCUACAGAUGGAUAAAAAUCAACAUCAGGCACAGUAGAUCUGUUGCUCUUCUAUAAAUCCUUGAGAACUAACCACAGUCACAGUUAGCCUGUUGUGCUGUUACAGAUGGAUGAAAAUCAACAUCAGUCACAGUAAAACUGUUUCGCUGCUACAAAUGCAUGAGAACCAAACACAGUCACAGUUAGCCUGUUGCAAUGCUACAGAUGAAUGAAAAUGAACACCACUUCCAGUACAUCUGUUGCGUUGCUACAAAUGCAUGAGAUCUAACCACAGUCAGAGUUAGCCUGUUGCGCUGCUACAAAUGCAUGAGGACCAACCACAGUCACAGUUAGCUUGUUGCAUUGCUACAGAUGGAUGAAAAUCAACAUCAGUCACAGUAAUUCCGUUGUGCUGCUACAAAUGCAUGAGAACCGACCACAAUCACAGUUAGCUUGUUGGAUUUCUACAGAUGGAUGAGAAUGAACAUCAGUAACAGUAAUUCUGUUGCGCUGCUACAAAUGCAUGAGAACCAACCACAGUCACAGUUAGCCUGUUGCAAUGCAACAGAUGGAUGAAAAUCAACAUCAUUCACAGUAAUUCUGUUGCGCUGCUACAAAUGCAUGAGAACCAACUGCAGUCACAGUUAGCCAGUUGCAGUGCUACAGAUGGAUGAAAUCAACAUCAGUCACAGUAAUUCUGUUGCGCUGCUACAAAUGCAUGAGAACCAACCACAGCCACUGUUAGCCUGUUGGAAUGCUACAGAUGAAUGAAAAUCAACAUCAGUCACAGUAAUUCUGUUGCGCUGCUACAAAUGCAUGAGAACCAACCACAGUCACAGUUAGCUUGUUGCAUUGCUAUAGAUGGAUGAAAAUCAA